CGGAACCUAAUGGAUAAGAGUUGAAAGGUAAGAUUUGAAACAACUACACGUGAUGUAAUUUUGUAAGGGGGCAGCUGGUAUAGGGGCAUGGAGUAGGGGCAGAGAAUUUCCACUCAGAUAUGGGUAUUUGAUUUUCCUUGGAUUUGAAGCCCUCAAGUGGAUGGUGAGUCCUUUUGCAAAGGGGAUAGAGGAUGCAAGUGCAAAGGGGAGCGUGGACGAGAAUGCUGGCUAGCUUUCUUUGGAUCAUGCUGAUAAUGGUCUAUGUUGGGGGAUGUUUGUAGCUACUAUAGUUUCAUUUUAUUUGCUUCUGUUUUAUUUUACUUCUAGUCGGGUGAUGCUGUGGCUUCAAUUGUGCUGUUCUCUUUCGGAUUCUUACAACAGGUGUUGUUUUGUUCUGUUUUGCUGUUUUUUGGGCUUCAUUUGGCUUUGUUGUUUUUCAGUGUCGGCUUGUAUAAUUGUUCGGUUUUAUUGUAGGUGUUAUCUUUUAAGACAGUCGGUUGCUUUCUUUCUUUUUGAUGAAGUAAUGAAUUUGUAAAAAGAGUGAAAAUACAGUUAUAUAUAUACAAAUUGUAUUUAACUAUUUGAAAAUAUCAGUAAAUCUUAAAUAAUUCAGCACAUCAGAUAUUCACCCAAGUAAUUUUCCCUCGUUUAUAAAAUGGACACUUCCCACAAGUUAGCCUAGGGAGCUCCCUCCCUAUUCCAAAAACCAAACCCUCCUAUCCAGGAAAGCCUUAAUUAAUUAGCUAUCUCCCAACAUCAAGUUUCUUCUUUCUUGUUGUAGCUUCGUUACAAUGGUUGGGCAAUCAAGAAAAUGGAUGAUACUGAUUGCAACCACAUGGAUACAGGCUUUUACAGGGACCAACUUCGACUUCUCCUCCUACUCUUCCACACUGAAAUCAGUUCUUGGGAUAUCCCAGCUUCAGUUGAAUUAUUUGUCUGUUGCUUCAGAUAUGGGGAAAGCUUUUGGUUGGUGUUCUGGUGUGUCUCUAAUGUGUUUGCCAUUGUGGGUUGUCCUCUUCAUGGCUGCUUUCUUGGGUGUUUUUGGUUAUGGAGUUCAAUGGCUUGUCAUUAAACAAGUCAUUACCUUGCCUUAUUUCCUGGUAUUUGUUCUGUGUUUGGUAGCUGGUUGCAGCAUCUGUUGGUUUAACACAGUAUGCUUUGUGUUAUGCAUCCGAAAUUUCCCAACCAACAGGGCACUUGCUUUGUCCCUCACCAUCAGUUUCAAUGGUGUAAGUGCUGCUCUUUACACUCUGAUUGCCAAUGCAAUAAACCCCGAUGAUGAAACCCUCUAUCUCUUCUUAAACGCACUUGUACCUCUUCUUGCUUCCAGCUUAGCUCUCGUCCCCAUCCUCCGUCAACCACCUUUGCAACUUCUGUCCACGGACACUACUAGUUGGGAUUCCUUUGUUUUCUUUGUCCUUAAUGUUUUAGCUGUUUUCACCGGUCUAUAUCUUCUCCUUUUGAAUUCACUUUCAUCUAAGGCAUCGAGGGCACGCAUUCUCCUAGGGGGUGCCUUAAUCCUUUUGCUCCUACCUUUGUGUUUACCAGGCAUUGUAUGUGGUAGGAGCUGGGCUCGUCGUACUGUCCAUACCCCCGCCUUUUGUCUUGAAGGGCCCACCUUCAGCUCGUUAGAUCCUGAUGACUUUGAUCAGCUCCAUAAGGAAUUGAUUGGAAAUGACAGAAAUAAUAAUAGCUCGAGUGUCAAUCCGUUUUCUGAAACAAACAAAGAAGGGUUGUUCGGGAUGAUAAUGGAGAAAGGCAGGCUAACAGUGCUAGGUGAGGAACACCCUGCUAGAUUGCUAGUCCGCCGAUUGGAUUUCUGGCUAUAUUAUGUGGCCUAUUUCUGUGGAGGGACAAUAGGGCUGGUCUAUAGCAAUAAUCUAGGCCAGAUCGCCCAAUCACUCGGAUACUACUCCCAGAUUAGUGCCAUCGUGACUCUGUACUCCUCUUUCUCAUUCUUCGGUCGUUUGCUAUCAGCUGCCCCGGAAUUCAUGCGUGACAAGUUGUAUUUUGCACGAACAGGGUGGCUAGCAAUAGCAGUGGUGCCAACACCAAUAGCCUUCUUUUUACUUGCUGCAUCAGGCGGUGAGGCGGCAUUGCUGGCUAGCACAGCCAUGAUCGGAUUAAGCUCCGGGUUCAUAUUUGCAGCGGCCGUUUCCAUCACAUCAGAGCUAUUUGGUCCUAAUAGUGUGAGUGUCAACCACAACAUCCUCAUCACCAACAUCCCCAUCGGGUCGUUCCUGUACGGUCUCCUUGCAGCAUUAGUGUAUGAUUCUAAUGUGAAAAGUUCAAACCAGGAGAACUUGUUGGAGGAAGCAAUGGUGUGCAUGGGCAGGGACUGCUAUCAGCAGACAUUCAUCUGGUGGGGCUGCAUUUCCCUCUUAGGCCUAAUCUCCAGUUUGCUGCUGUUCUUUAGGACCCGACUUGCUUAUUAUGGCUACCAAAGGAACAGGAGUCGAACACAGGUUUCGUAGAUUAUAUAGCUAUGUUGCUCGGAUUUGAAGAUGAGUAUCAGAUUCGGGUCUGCUCAUUUUUAUUAAGUUUAUAUAUAUAUAUAUAUAUAUAUAUAUAUAUAUAUAUAUAUAUAUAUGUCAUACACAUGUUUGAGUGCCAUACACAAGUAUAUAUGAGCUAAGAUGUUUGGGAGAAAAUGAGAAGUCCUAGUUCCACACUCCCCUCGAUUUUCAUGUAAUAAGAUCUCUUAUUUGUAAUGCACUUAAAAGGGUAUCAGCCAUCUAAACAAACUUGAGAAAAUCAAAAAUGACAAAUGAUGUACUGAAUUAUAUAUAUAAUACAAUUUGUAAAAUGUUUUAGGGA